AUGGGUGACACAGAUCAGUCUUCUGUUGUUACAUCGAGUAUUCUCAAUACAUCAGUGGAAGUGAUAGAUGAGGACGACCGAGCAGACGACGCUUCGGUCUCAGGCGACUCUGGUUUUUGGGAUGUUGAGUCUUCCACCUACACUGUAGCAUCCAGUAUCUAUGACUACGAAGAAGCCCACGGUCGAACAUACCACGCCUUUCACCGCGGCCAGUACCUCUUUCCAAAUGACAGCGCCGAGAUCGAGCGCAUGGAAGUGAAAUAUCAUGCCGUCCGCCUUGCGCUCCACGACAAUCUAUUCUUCGCUCCCAUCAAAGACCCGCUGUCGGUAUUAGACGUGGGCACAGGUGCAGGCGCUUGGUGUAUCGAUGUGGCAGACGCCCAUCCCAACGCUCUCGUCAAAGGCAUUGACCUAUCACCUAUCCAGCCAAAUAAUGUCCCGCCAAAUUGCGUCUUUGAGAUUGCCGAUGCCGACGAUGAUUGGACGUUCAGCCAGAAGUUCGAUCUGAUACAUACCAGGAUCAUGAACGACUUCUCGCUGAAGUCUUGGUGGCAUUUCUUCACCGAGGCCUACGCCUCUCUAUCAGUCGGAGGUUGGGUUGAGUGUCAGGAAUUUGACUGGCGCCGCCGCUCAGACGAUGGCACGAUAGAGCCAGACAGUAGGCUGGAACACUGGGAAGAUGAACUAUUGGCUGGCCUCAAAAAGGUUGGCCUCAGGGGUCGCUGUGACCCCGAACUCGUAAUGCAGCAGAUGCGUGACGUGGGCUUUAUCAAUGUUCAUCGCAAGAAUUUCAAGUUGCCGAUCGGGCCAUGGGCGAAAGACCCAACAAUGAAGCAAGCGGGACUCUUUGGCUUAGUGAAUCUGAUAGAUGGAAUACAGGGCUUGAGUGCGAAGAUCUUCACAGAAUUGCUAGGAUACGGAAUGGCCGAAUUGGAACUGUUGCUCAUGGAAUGUAGGCAAGAGCUCAGGCAGAAGAGCGUGCACAGCUAUUACCCCGUGUACGUGAUUAUGGGGCAAAGGCCUCUGCUAGAACAACGUAUGUAG